AUGCCCCAGAACGACAAGUACUGUUGCGCCACGGAUCAGCGUACAGACUCUCCUCUUCUUCCAAAUGCACGAGAGGUCCAGCCGACCGGCAAGCGUCAAGAACCCUCAACCGACAAGCACGAAAACAAUGUUUCUCAAUCCUUGAGUUCGCGCCCUGAGGACCUGCAGGAAAUGCAGAUGUUAAUCUCCGAAGCACAAGCCGAAGCAAACAAGACAGAAGCUUCAGCGACGUCCCCUGGUCACAGUCACGCGGACAGCCCAAAGACGAAAGGCUUGAAGGGUUUCGUUAAACACCGCCUGAUGCGUGGCAGCAAGUCGACAUUCAGUCUUUUGAAGAAAUCUCAGGAGCAUCACGACAAGGACACGGAGACCCAGGAAAGGAAACAAGAAAUCAGAGCGGGCCUGUUGACCACCAGUAGGCCAGAAGAUGGUGGUUACGACUCUGAUGCCGCUUCUCUUCCAGAUGUUCGGAACAGUCUUGUGGAUCGCUUGACAAGAGAUCUGGAAGAGAAGGAUUCCCUGCCAGCGAAAGGACAAACCCAGGUCCAUAGGGAUGUACAAAGCAUUGAUUGGACCGGGCCAGCACCGACCCUCUUCAGUUGGCCAGAGCCAGACGAAAUAGGCCUUGCACUGACAAAAGACCCCAGUCCACGCGCAUCCACUCCAUCUCAUGUUGUCUCGGGUGUUGACAUCAUACCUUCCCACAACUAUAACCUCGACAAUACGCAUGCUGGAGUGUUGGAACCGCCACGUCGCCAACGGUCUCGAUCCGAGUCAAUAGUUGGGGAUCUUCCUAGCCCACCACUUCUCCAACCAACACGACUACCCAGUCUCUCUUCUUCCGUCAACACCCGGGCUAUGCGUCUUUCCGCAGACUCGCCUGUACACCAUGAGAGAUUUGAAACGCCUUCCGAAGAAUUUCCAGAUACUCAUGGCACUGCAGAAAAUGCCGCAACCAAAGAAGAUCUAAGCUGUGUGGAAGAAGUCGGCGAACCCGUUGCUGGGCCUUGGCCAACAUUUGGAUCGUCACCCGAAAGCAACGAGAGCUUGCCUCAGUCCGUCCAAGACCUUACGAUGGAAGUUACUGACCCCGACGUUGAGACUCCACAGCCUCCGAAAAGCCCUGCGAGGAAGGCAUGCAUUCAAUCUACAGAAUUCAAAGAGCCAGAAUCAGCGUCGCUCCAUCUUUACCAAAUGCGCAUCUCUCAACACCUUCGUACAGACUCUGUUCUCUCUAUGCCAGCUGACCCUGUCACGUCAUCCGCCGCUCAACUGGAAGUCAUCAGUAUGGUCAGCUCUCCUGAGGAUGCAGCCAGACUUGGACAGCUUCAAGGAAACAGCUGCCGUAAGCUGCAAAGGUCCAGUUCAGACUUUGCUUCUUCGAAAGUUCCGAUUGCGUGGGGACACGUAGUUGGCGAUGGGGACGCGUACAGUGCCAACGAGAACCCACGAACCGAUUCCCUUUACCAGACAAGUUCGGUAUACUCAACCCGACCAAACAGUCCCGGUCCGUAUGAUGAUGCAACAUCCGCAACCACUGCGAAAGCCCGCAAGACCGGAUACGAGAUCGUGAAUCUGUCUGAUGUUGCAUCCGUUCAGCCCGAUCGAUCGAACCUCGACAUGCCUGGCGGGUUCCCGGUAACACCUGCUCUGGUAGAACCCACUACCGAGCCGGAUGUUCAGGAAGGAAUGGACUCGGACAAGAUGAUCCGUAAUACAGCAGCCGAACGGCCCUUUAAGGUCGAGGACUCGGAAUCUAGUGGCUCGUCUGCUCCGCAGAACACUUCAGCACCUGAGACGCUACCCAAAGAGGAAACCGCCUCACGUAAACGCCCUUCGAAGCGCCCCUUCCCUUCAAAGAGCAAGUUCAGUGCUCUUUCUCUUUUUCGUCCGUACAAAUCACACGGGAAUUUGAAACAGCCUCCCUCCGUCCAGCUGAGACCACUUACUUCUCCUUCUCUUAAUGCUUUCUCUACCCUGAAUGUAGAUGGCCCAGCCCUCGAUGUGCAAAACCACAAUACACCUAAUCCAGCGCUUGGGCUGGAUGGACCCACCGAAGAUCCUACAGCGGAUCCUUUAGCACCCAAACCUGGACGACUUCACCGGGCAUGGGCUCUUGGCACUGGUCAUGAUGAGCAUCCUGCGUCACAGGCCAAGGUUUGGCAACGUGCUUUAGAAGCUCACCAAAAGGAAAAAUCAGCCCUGUUUCUGAGUCCAGAGCAGGGUGGCCGUUCCAAACAGAACGCUGAACAGAAUGCUGAGCAGAGCCUCUUUCGGCCUAGAAGCGGAAGCGUAGUUGCGAAAAAGAAAGACAAGGAGCGAAUUGGGAGUAAGAACGAAGGCCUCGAGAUCCCGGACAUCGGGCCAGUUGACUGGUUCGAAACAACAAGAAGGUCCAAGAGCUCGAACAGGGCGUCGAUCGUGAUGGACUCACUGGAGCGCGAGAUUGCAGGUGAGGCACCAAGGCCCCAAGGCCUUAACAAUCUCCUCGGCGAAGAUCUCUUCCAGCUCGACGUACUUUCUCGUUCGGGCCGUUCCCAAAAGGCUGGCGGCAUUACCCCCGCUGCCUCUCCUGGUAGGCUUAGCAAGGAGUCUCUUACUGCCCUAGACGAAGCCGUCGAAGACCCCUUCAGUGACGACCCCUUCGGUGACGACACUAACUUUCCGCUCGGAGCGUGGAGCCGUUACCCCAGUCACACACGCGGCGCGCGCACGGCCAGCGCCGGCGAGGUUGACCUUAUCCGCGCGCGCGACUUUGCCUACGAGUUGCGCCUAUCUGACAUCGUAGAUGAGACGCCUGUCGAUAGUGAAGAUGAGGACGAGCAGCAGGGCGGCAAAGGCAAGGGCAAGAAGCCGAGAGCUCCGACUGCUGCUACGAAUAGGACCAUGACGCCUCUGGCGCAGCGCAAGGGAAAGUACAAGUCUCGGAUUGGCACCGUGCCGAAGAGCAAAAGCAUAACUUUUGGUCGCAACUUUUUGCGCAACUAUGCCCGCAUCUUCCGCAGCCAGAGCGAAGAGUUUCGGCGCUGGGGGCACGGCCACCGCAGCUCGAUUGCUGAGGGCGGUGUGCUUGAACAUCCUGAGCUGGAGAUCUUACCAUCAGUGUGGUCAGCUGGGUACCACUCUCAGGCAGUGGCAAAUGAAGAGCAAGGUACAGCGGCCAAUGCUAAUAAGAGCGAGACCGAAGAGCCUGGGAGAGCGGAUUCAAAGCCACAGGUUGACGGAACGUCAGCCUCGACCACCGUGCUACCUCCACGCUUCAACAAUCUCUCUAACAACCAAAAGAAAGCGACACUCAGUCUAGGAAAGAACCAGUCCGCACCCUCCCUGCGCAGGCGCUGGCCCCGCACCCACAAGAACUCCGACAGCGAAUGGAAAGCCGAAGCGCGGAUUAUGCUGCAGGCAUACGACACAGACUCGCCUAGUAGUGCGUCCCAGCAGCGCAAUGAGCACAGCAACUCCUCACGCAGGCAGAAAGGCAAGCUUAGGAAAGAGAAAGAGAAAGGGAAAGAGCAGCAGAAGCAGGCGCAUGUGCCUGAGAGCUCACGCGAGUGGCGCGUCAAUGCAAGGAUCUGGACACGGUUCGCCGAUGCGCCGAACCGUAAGGGAGAGACUGUUGCUCCUUCACCGCCAGCCAAAGCCAGCGAGGGCAGCGUGCCUGUGUCUCUACCUCCGACUUCAGCUCCGGCGCCUGCGCCUGCGCGCGUGCCCUCACCGCAGGGCGCCGCUCCCGCCUCUUCAUGCCCUCCACAACAGAAACAACAACAACACCGCCCAGUCAAGCUCUCAGCCGCGCGCUCUUCGUCCGAGGAAUGGCGCUCCGAUGCGCGCCUCUUCAGCCAGUACUACGAGAACUGCCUCGAUCCCUUCCCCUUGUUCGGCAGCAGUGGAGAAAACGGGCCCGAGAGCCCCAUUGUGAGGGCGGCUGCUGCUAGUGAUAGCCCUGUCAGAGGCGCAGUUUUGGUCCGGAGGGAUAGUGAACGAAGAAGGACCGACGUGGGGACGAAGAGCUUGGGGAGGGCGAGCGGCGGAGUCAGGGUUGUGUGGAGGAGUUUGUCGGGGAGUAUGGGAGGGAGUUGGGGGAGUGGCGAGGAUAGUGGUGAGGUUAGUGGUGAGGUUAGUGGUAAGGUUAAUGGGGGUGUGGGUGCGGAGAAGGAGAGUCCUGUCAGGGGGAGUACUAUAGAUUUUCUGAGGGUGUUGGAGGAAGGAGAGGAAAGGGAGCGCGAGAAGGCGAUUAGGGAGGCCGGAAGCGUGUCGUGA